CUAAAAUGGCUGCGCCCUGUAAUAGAUAAAGUUACACGACACGACCUCUCGCAUUAGUUAUUAGUUUACAUAUUGUUUUCGAAUGAAUUCAACAAAAAUUGUAUAACCGUCUACUACAACUAUGCCAAAGAAAAAGACAGGCCAGAGAAAAAAGGCUGAAAAGCAAAAGGAACGACAGAAAGCUAUAAAUAAUGCACAAUAUGAGCGAGGACUGGAUCAGAGACCUUGCAACCAGCUCAUGGAAUGUGAUUCUUGCAAAAGGACACAGAAAAACAGAGCUUUUUGUUACUUCUGUAGCAUGAUACAGCGUAUGCCAGCAUGUGCCCAGUGUGGAAAAAUAAAGUGUAUGUCCAAGGGAGGUGACUGUGUGGUGAGACAUGCAGGCCAGUAUGUUACAGGACUUGGAUUGGUGGGUGCCAUUUGUGAUUUUUGCGAGGCUUGGGUGUGUCACAGCCGACGCUGUCUGCAGUCCCAUGCUUGUACAUGUCCCAUGAUUGAUGCCGUUUGUCACGAAUGCAAAAGAGGAGUUUGGGAUCAUGGUGGAAGAAUUUUCACUUGCAGUUACUGUUCUAAAUACUUGUGUGAAGACGACCAGUUUGAGCACCAGGCAAGUUGUCAAGUCUUGGAAUCUGAGAACUACAAAUGUCUUUCUUGCAAUAAACUUGGACAGUAUUCAUGUCUGCGAUGCAAGCAAUGCUACUGUGAAGACCAUGUGAGGCGUAAAGGGUUUAAAUAUGUCAAAGGUCAAGCUAUUCCAUGCCCCAAGUGUGGCAGUGACACACAGGAAGUCAAGGAGUUGAGCAUGUCAACCCGGAGCUACAAGUAUGGCAGGCAGCAGCAACAGGAUGCUGAGGAUGAUGAUGAGGUGCAUGAUGAAUACAGUUACCAGGGCGCCACUGGAGGGUUCACCUUUGGGGGUUACACUUUGGGAGCUGGUGGCAUUAAGGCUGUCAGAGUUACAGAUGAUGAUGAUGAUGAAGAGGAUGAUGAUGAAGACGAUGACGAUGAUGAGGAAGAGGAUGAUGACGACGAUGAUGAUGAAGAAGAGGAGGAAAGUGAUGAGAAUGAUGAUGAAGUUAAAGAAAAGGAUGAAGGAGAAGAGCCAAAAGAAUUAGCUGAAAAAAUCAAAGAUGUGAAAAUAUAGUCUGUAAAAACACUGACAAGCCCAUGAAAGCAUUUUUCAAUAUUAAUUUCUUUUUCCUAAAACAAUAUUUUCAAAUCUUUUUAGCUAGUUUUGUUCCAUCCAGUAGUCUAAUGAUGAUGUCCAAGUUGUUCAGUAAAUAGUUGGGUUUUUAAUGUGAAAUAAAACAUCACACAUGAUAUUAAAUUGUUACGUUUACAGUUAUAUUUUUAUUUAUAAUUUGAUAUUUGUUAGUACUACAUGUUUUUAAAUUAAUAAUAUUUUUAUUUCUCUAUUUUAAUUUAUCCCAUAUCAUUUAAACAAAAAGUAAUCUUCAAUUUUAAUUAUAGAAAUCACAUAUCUAGAGAAUAUAGAAUGUAAAAUAUACAUCCUGAAAAUAUUCAUGCUGACAGAAAUUAAAGGCUAAUGAAUAUAAAAGAGU